UGGCCCUUCCCUCCCUGUAUCCCUGUGCCACUUUAGCAUUUUCUACAGUGCGCACCGUUUCUUAUCCUUCACCAUCCUAUUCCUCUUUCUCUGCCACUCACCAACUUAACUCUCUCAACUCAUCACCCUGCAAUCCCCACACUCAUCAUAAAUUAACAAACAAACAACCCUUUUUCCUCGAUCUCACAUAACGCGAUUCCCCUGCUUUAUGGAUUUCCCUCCUCCACGCCUUUUCUGAUUCUCAACUCACCUACUGCCUCGCCGAUCUGUAAUCGGAAUACAGGAUCGCUUCAAUGGCUGGGACUAACGAACUCAACCCCAACGAUUCUAAGAUGGUGGUUCCGCUGAAUAUGUGGGUUCUGAUCUCAAAUUUCAAGUUGGCAUACAAUCUUCUUCGUCGUCCGGAUGGCACUUUCAACCGGGACUUGGCAGAGUUCCUUGAUCGGAAAGUUCCGGCAAAUGCGAACCCCGUGGAUGGAGUGUUCUCUUUUGAUGUCAUUGUUGACCGUGAAACCAAUCUCCUUACGCGAAUCUAUCGUCCUGCUGAGGGAGAGGAGCGUCCAGUGAGCAUUCUUGAGCUUGAGAAACCUGUGAGCUCUGAGGUUGUUCCUGUCAUCAUAUUCUUCCACGGUGGAAGUUUUGCUCAUUCUUCAGCCAAUAGUGCCAUAUAUGAUACGCUAUGUCGUCGCCUGGUUGGUAUCUGUAAGGCCGUUGUGGUGUCUGUGAACUAUAGGCGUGCACCUGAGAAUAGGUAUCCCUGUGCUUACGAUGAUGGGUGGACAGCUCUUAAGUGGGUUAGCUCUAGAUCUUGGCUUCAGAGUCGGAAAGAUAAGAAAGUUCAUAUCUACAUGGCUGGGGAUAGCUCGGGUGGGAACAUUGUGCACCAUGUUGCUCUCAAAGCUGUGGAGUCCGGAAUUGAAGUGUUUGGGAAUGUUCUGCUCAACCCAUUGUUUGGUGGGCAGGAAAGAUCCGAGUCGGAGAAGCGUUUAGAUGGGAGAUAUUUUGUAAGAGUGAAGGAUCGAGACUGGUAUUGGAGGGCUUUUCUUCCUGAAGGGGAAGAUAGAGACCAUCCUGCAUGUAACCCGUUUGGGCCAAAGGGGCAAAGCCUUGAUGGGACUGUCUUUCCCAAGAGCCUUGUAGUGGUUGCUGGUUUAGACCUUGUUCAGGACUGGCAACUGGGUUAUGCCAAAGGGCUUGAGAAGGCUGGCCAGGAAGUGAAAUUGCUAUUCCUGGAGCAAGCAACCAUUGGGUUUUACUUGCUGCCAAAUAAUGAGCACUUCUCUUCUGUUAUGGACGAGAUAAAAUAUUUUGUCAGCCCUGACUGUUGAUAGGCUUAACUUUUGCUAUAAUACACUAGUGGACGUUAGAAGAUUGUGUAGAAAAUAGGUAUGCUACUAAACUUUUUUUUUUUUUUACCUUUUGGGUCCUUUACUGUAGGACUUUGCUCCCGUGAUUAGGUACUUGUAUGCUACUAAAUGUGUGGUGAGAUGGGUGUAAUCAGCAUAUAGCUGUGAUGAUUUUCCGAAGCACAUAAACAGGAAUUGGGUGCUGCGGAUAGGUGAAAGGCUUUUAGGAGAAGGGGAGCUCUGGCCAUGUUUAUGGGAACCACUAAAGUUGUGAUUACCCACUCUGACUUCCAGCCAAAAAGGAGAGGAAGGCGUGUUAUUCUAUUUCCGGGCGUGACCUUGAUGCCAAUCGGUGGGGCUUGUCGUUGUCUGGCAAGUGUUAUAUAUAACUAAUUUUGGAACUCGGAUAGGAAAAUAUGAAUGAUAUGUUGGUGCUGUUAGGUUAUUUGCAUCUAUGCUAUCUUCAUAUGAGUGUUUGUUUCAAGACUGUUCACUUUUUCUCUAUAUAGCUAAUUUUACAUUCCUGUGUCUUUGGGUUGUCCUUGUUUGACCAUGGACACUCUUUGCAAAUGUAAAUGGAUGUCUUUUCGACGCAAUGUUAGGGCUUGUAUUAUGUUUGCUUCUGUAUAUAUAGACAUUUUUCAGUUUUUUUUUA